AUGGGUGUCGCUAAACGUACGCGCAAGUUUGCCCAGACCAAGCGCAUUAUUGGCCAGCGGGACAUCCGACUUAAGAAGAAUCAACUCACCGGCGCUGAUGCCUCAAAGAAAAAGGACGAUGAACUUGUGCGAGAGAUACCUCAAGCUCCAACUUCGCUCUUCUUCCAAGCCAAUACCGCCCUUCAGCCUCCGUACUCAAUCCUAGUCGAUACCAACUUUCUCUCACAUACCGUUCGCGGAAAGCUCGAUCUUCUCCAAUCUCUGAUGGACUGUUUAUAUGCGUCUGUCACACCCAUCAUCACCGAUUGUGUCAUGGCUGAAUUGGAGAAACUGGGGACCAAAUAUCGAAUUGCGCUCAGGAUUGCCAGAGACGAGCGAUGGGAGCGAUUGCAUUGCAGCCACAAAGGAACAUACGCCGACGACUGCAUCGUCGACCGGAUUCUGAAGCACAGAGUCUACCUGGUUGCUACAAACGAUCGAGAUCUGAAGAGGAGAAUACGCAAAAUUCCGGGUGUCCCGAUCAUAAGCGUAGCGAAAGGAAAGUACGUCGUUGAAAGACUACCCGACGCUCCCGAGAAAUAA